CGGCGGCGCUUCCUCUUCCUUCGCCUCCCGCCAUACCAGGGUGAGUAUUGUUUUAACAUCGACAAAAACGUGAAAUGUCGCUAAUUAAGACCUAGAUGCUUCGUCUCCAGAGUCAGCGAUUACCCGGUUUCCGCCUGGCCUCUUUCACAAGCGACGCCAGCAUGCUACUCCGACUGGGAAACCAAGACAAUGUCGUGGCAUGCUGAAGUCAACAUUAGGACACCGCUAUGCACGCAAGCCGCCAUCACCGGCUCCGCGUGUACCUCCCUAAUGGACGCCUACGUUUCCGGUCAGAACAUGAACCUGUGGCCGAACCGGUAUGCUACGGCCUACAACGUCAAUAACGUCAAGUUUCCCCAAGGCUACUUGAACAACGAGUACGCAUAUCCCAUUUUCCCUGCUAAUCAGUCCAUCGGUCCGACAUGGGGAUGGCCGUCUUGGGCUAGCUUUGCCCCUAGCUGCACGCUCGGAUGCGGGCGAUGCGCGGUCACAGGCGGCGCGAUCCAGUUGAUGUAUUUCUCGCCCGGCCUGACUGCGGCGCCGGGGCGAAGGGUGACGGCAACCGCGUUCAACACGACCUUCACGAGUCCGACGUACUAUCUCUCCUUCGCGUCCAUCCACGCAGCCGACGCCUGCGGCCCGAUAGGUCCCACCAUCACGUCGACAAUCAUUCCCUUCCCGACCCAGUACACCCUCAGCAGCAUCUGGGGAAUCCCCACCGCCUGUACCUAUACCAACGUACUCGGCGCAUCGUCCAACGUCCUGACAGCCACGGCCUCAUUCAACGUCACGGAUAUUCUGACCACGCCGGUGGCGUACAGCAUCCUCACCUCGCAGGUGACGUGCGCCAGCGAGAUGUUCGCAAACUUUUGCAACCAAUCGGCCUGCGCAAGCGAUGAACCAUAUCGGCCGACAGUGGUCGUGCCGAACGAAUUCUUGCAGAGCUUGGACGUGCUUUGGGCCCCUUGCAGUGCCGAUAUCAAAGGUAUCCCUCGUGCCUUUCCACCCAUCGGUCGACUGUAUGACGUGUUCGAUAAGCACUGACGAUUCACUUAGGCUUGUACGACCCACCUACCUCGCUCAAACCAGCCUCUACAGCGGCUGGUGUGACACUCACGGCGCCAGGCUCCGCAACCUCGCAACCUGCAUCUCCUGCGUCUACGGUCCUAACAAGCUCAGUCGAGAGCACACUCAUUCCCGCAGCGAGCAGUUCCGU